CAUGCAAACUCCACACAGAAAGGCCCUCGUCGGCCACGGGGCUCGAACCCGGACCUUCUUGCUGUGAGGUGACAGCGCUAACCACUACACCACCGUGCCACCCCUAUUAUUAUUAUUAUUGGAAAAUUAUUCUCAGUGUUUUGAGACUAUAGGUAGUCGUUGACUUAUGACCGUCUGGUUAUGACUGGCAAGUGUUUCCCAGCUGAGCUAGCUGAGUGUACGACAGUUUCCGCCCCAGCUCCCGGCAGCCUCCCGCCACGUACAACAGUUUCCACCCCAGCUCCUGGGUUAUGAAACGAGCAAAUGCUCCCGCCAGCCCGAGCGCUGCAACAGCUGAUGAUGACGUAGACGACCCACAGCCAAGCACCAGUGAUGCCAGCGGUCACUAAGUUUUGUAUUUUGCCAUGUUUUACAUUUGUAUUUUAGUCAGAGCAAUGCCGCUGGAUCUCCUGUUUCUCCCGCCGGAGCACUCAGAUGUCGGUACACAGCGAUGCCGUCUGGGUCCAGCGGUGAUGGAUGACCUCGGUCUGCGUCUUGGUUCUCCGGUGCUGGUGACGCUGCCAGGCAGAGUUUCCUGUCUCUGUACAGCGUGGCCACGCCCCGACCUGGCCGACGCCUACCUGCAGCUGGACCCCACAUGCUCCUCGCCGAACCUCCACCCACGUGAGCUUCAUGGACUCCGCCUCAGGGCGGAGUGUCUCAGGGCUCUGAAAUGUCAGAGUGUGAAGCGUCUGCGUGUGACUGCGCUGGUGCACAGCAGCGAGUAUAAACGUAGGACGUCUGCGCAGGCGGUGGGAGCACUGGCUGCAGAGCUGCUCAGAGGACUAUACGUCCACGAGAAGCACCUGGUGAACGUCUCACAUGCAGGGACACCGAUUCACUUCCUGCAGGUGGACAGUGUGAACUCGGGCUCUCAUAAAGUGGGACGCGUGACGUCCGAGACUCGUCUGGACGUGGUGUCAGUUCAGACGGUGGAAACGCACCAGCGCUGGGCGCGUGAGGGUUCUGCUGUGCCUUUGGGUGGACUGGAGGAGGUUCAAGCCACGCUGAAGGAGAUGGUGACACUCCCACUUCGUUACCCAAACAGCACACAGCGUGUGGGCGUGGCAACGGGGCAUGGCGCACUGCUGGUGGGACCUCCGGGUGUGGGGAAGACACAGCUGGUGCGCAGCGUGGCGCGGGACGUGCAGGCGGCGCUGGUGAUGGUGAGUGGGCCAGUGGUGGUGGGGUCACGACCCGGAGAGAGCGAGGAGAACCUGCGUGCUGCGUUUACUCGGGCCUCGGAAGCAGCGCGAGAUGAACCGUGUGUGCUCUUCAUCGAUGAGAUCGACGCACUGUGUCCGAAACGGAGCUCCAGCACCGGAACCCCGGAGAACCGACUCGUCGCUCAGCUCCUCACCCUCAUGGACGGAAUCAGCAGCGACGACAGGUUCGUCAUCAUUGGAGCCACCAACCGGCCGGACGCCCUUGACCCGGCACUCAGGAGGCCCGGCCGCUUCGACAGAGAGAUAGUUGUGGGUGUUCCCACUCUGCAGCAGAGGUACCGGGUUCUGCAGUGUGUGUGUCGCAGUAUUCCGCUCGACCCGAGUGUGGAUCUGAACUCCAUCGCUGAGAUGACGAGUGGAUAUGUGGGGGCGGAUCUGAGCGCGCUCAGUAGAGAGGCAGCACUGCAGGCCAUACUGCACUCUACACAGGAUGGAGCUGGAGAUUGCGGCCAAUCAGGAGUCGAGGAUGAUAAAGUGAGAAUGGAGCACUUUGUGAAAGCGUUGCGAUUGGUCCCGCCCUCCUGCCUGAGGAGCAGUGUGGGCGUGGCUGAGUUCAAACCUGUGAGCUGGGAGCAAAUCGGAGGACUGGAGGAAGUAAAGAAUAAACUCAGACAGAGUGUGGAGUGGCCGAUGAAGUUCCCCGAGGCCUUGGUGCGUGUAGGUGUGUGUCGUGCGCGGGGUGUGUUACUGUACGGGCCGCCGGGCUGCGCCAAGACCACACUGGUGAAAGCAGCAGCAUCUUCAUCACACUGCAGCUUCCUCACGCUGAGUGGGGCGGAGCUUUACUCUCCCUACGUGGGGGACUCGGAGAGGGCGCUCGCUCAGCUGUUCCAUCAGGCGCGGGCGUGUUCUCCCUCCAUUGUGUUCCUGGACGAGAUUGACAGCUUGGUGGGUUGCCGUGACGACAGAGGCAGUUGCCGUGGCAGCAGUGUACAGGCUCAGGUGUUAUCAGUCCUGCUGAAUGAGUUAGACGGUGUGGGCUUUAAACCUGCUGAGAGACGAGAAACGGGACAGAGUGAGGGGUACAAAGGGAGAACACGCAGAGACCGACGGAUGCAGCUCCAGGAGUUGUGUAAUCAGGACGUGAUGAUUGUUGCUGCCACGAACAGGCCAGACAUGUUGGACAGCGCUCUGCUCCGCCCAGGCCGCUUCGACCACAUCAUAUACGUCCCCCCACCUGACCUACAAGCUCGUCUGGCCAUCCUGCAGCUCCACACAGAGAAAAUGCCGAUGAGUUCUGAUGUGUGUUUGGAGGAUCUGGCAGUUCAAACAGACCUGUUCUCUGGAGCAGACCUGGAGAACCUCUGCAAGGAGGCGGCUCUGUUAGCUCUUCAUGAAGAAGGGAUGAGUGUAUCCACGGUGCAGCAGAAACACUUCCAGAAGGUUCUACAGAAUUUUCAACCAUCAAUCAGCUCACAGCAGCUCCUGCAGUACCAACAGCUCUUCAGAUGCAGCUGCAGUUAGCAUGCCGCGGUUAGCACACCGUGGAUAAACAGUAUAUUUAUUGGUACCUUUAUGCUAAUACGCUAACACUUGGAACAGUAUUUCCUGUUUUGUGUGAGCUGUUCAAUCUCCUGAUUAAAAACAUUUCACUGAA